AUGAUAAUUAAUUUUCUUUUCAGUAUUGAUGGAAAUCGGCUUAGCACUAUAGGAGGUGGGCGGAUCAGUUUGGCUCCCGAUGCUCGAUACAGCAUAGCUUCAGGAGCUCCAUCUAAUUUUAGACCAAGUGCUUUCCCUGGUACCGGAGCAAGACGGCUCAUUAAUAUCCCGAGAGCUAGCAAAAUACCAGACUCUCGAAAUUUGCGUGAUAAGGAGGUUCAAUAUGACAUGAUCAGAAAAAUUGUUUCUUUUCUUGAAGAUUGUAUCCAACCUUCUCCAUCAUUUAAAUUUGAUGACCGUGACUUUUUACGCGUACCGAACAGGAAUAAUUUUAAAGAGGUCUUCGAGUUUCUUUUCCGUUGUUUCCAGCCAAAUUUCGCAAGCAUUCCAAACCCAAAAUUUAAUGAAGAGGUUGUCAAAUUAUUGAACGGACUCGGUUAUCCUUACAAUCUGAAAAACAGUACAAUGCAGACAAUGACGACUCCUUCAAUGUGGCCUACAAUGUUAGCUGUUUUGGAGUGGCUAGUGAAUUUUGUUGAGCUCGAACAAACACUUCAUGAUGAUAUGCGUGUUGGUGAUCAAGAAAAAUGGCAAUUGUACGUCUCGUGUUAUAAGAAAAAAUUGGAGAUGAGGGCAGCCUCUGCACCUUCUGUUAAGUUUGACCAUGAUAUUUUUGCGGCGGAAUUUGAAACUUAUCGGAAUUCAAAACUUGGAAUUGAUGGUGAUGAGUCUUUUGACGAGCUCCGAAGUAGGCGUAUUGCUUUUGGUGAAGAAUUGGAGAGAAUUCGGAUGCUUAUUGCUAAAGAAGAAGAAGGAAUCUUGGAAUUUAAAAGGAAUAUUGCGGUCAAUGUUGAUGACAUUAAAACUAUGGAAAAAUAUUUGGAAGAAUUAUGUGAAGUAAUUGCUUUGAACACAAAUAUGAUAGCCACGUGCGAACAAAAUUGUGAAAAACUUGUCGAGAAGAAUCAGAAAUUGGAGGAAAAACGGUUGGCAAAAGAAGAACAAAUUGCAAAUCAAGCGAUUAGUGGAGAGGAAGCUCGAGAGAUGAUUGCAAAACGACAAAUGUUACAAGAAGGAAUUUCUACAUUGAAUAAUUGUUUGUCUGUGGAUGAUAAAAAAUUGUGUGAACUUCAACCACAAUUAUAUAAACAUAAUUCCAAGGUCUGUGCAAAUUUUAAAUCUUUUGUUGGUCGUCUUCUUGAUUUGUGCAAAUCGUUCAAUAUUUCGGAAGAACUUCAGCAACAAAUGAAAGAAUAUUCAUUUUUAGAAUCUGUUAAUGAUUUUAAAAAAGCAUCUGUGGAAAAUAAAUUUUCCCAAUUAAUUGAAAUUCUGAAAGAAAAAGCUGAAGCGAGAAAGAAUGCCUAUCUUCGGUCUAUUGAGGAAUCAAAUAAAAGGAAGAAUGAUUUACUUAAAGAAUUGGAUAGUUUGAAGUUUUCUCUUGAUAGGUGUUUGGAAGGUCAAGAAUUGGAAAAUGAACGUUUUAAACGAGAACUUAAUGAUGAAUCUCGUCCAAUUCGUACAGCAAAACAUAACCUGGAUAUUGCAAAACAAAAACAUCAAGGUACUUCUGCCGAUGUGAAUAAAUAUAAUGGAAUAUUAAAUUCAAUUGGAGAAGAAUUGGCAGACAAACACAAAAAAUAUAUUCAAUAUAAAAAAUCUCUUGAUGAAAUUUAUGAGGAAUUCCAGACAGUGACUAUGAACAAUAUGACUAAACUUUGUACUCGUUUUGAGCAGCAACAUAAACAGAAAAUUCGUUUGAAUGAAUUGGGUGAAAUUUUAUUAAAAGAAAAUAAAGAAAUGAUUGAAAAGUUGGAUUCUGAGGAAAAGGAUGAUGAUAAGAUGGAAGAUUAA